AUGGCUAUCUCGAUACAUGUAACUCUCAUAUUUGCUGUAUUAGCAAUCCUAUAUCAGUUGAAAGAAAAUAUUUUAUGCGCAGGGGAAGAAGUCCCUCUUUGUAUAUCUGAGUUUAACCAAGACAAAGAAUGUAAUAUAUCCACCGAAUUUGGAAAAGGAAUUAAAAUAUACUGUCCAUUUGACUCAGUCCCCAAUAAUAAUGGCGUUAUACGUAUGAACGGACAAUUGGUGAACAAUGAUAACACUUGUUUUAACAGGAUGAAAUCAAAUGAUGGGCCUAAUAUGAAUGUGACAAAGGAGUUAACUGAAUUUGUAUCAGAUUUGAUUAUAUAUACAAACAGAAGAGAAAAUACACAUUACGUUUAUGCACCUCACACGGUCACGAAUGGAAUUUCCCUAUCUUGUAAUUGUAUUGAUAGGGGAAAACAGAAGGCUUACAAGUUAAAUAUACAAAUAAAUGCACAUAAAAAGAAAGAAAAAAAAAUUAAAGGCUGUAAUUUUUACUAUUCUGAUGAUAACAAUGAGGAAAAUGAAAAUGAGUUGGAGAAAAAUAUCAACUUAAAAUACAAAAAAGAUUGUUUUUUGGAUGUUCAUGCGAAUGAUGUAAUAUAUUUGAAAAGUAAAGUACAUAAUAUGUAUAGUAAUCUCAUUAUUAAUCCCUUUCACUGUUUUCAUGAAGUUUUAAAUGAAGAAAAUAAACAAGAACAAAUUUCUGGUCUACUUAAUGGGGCUAGGGUUAUACCUGGAUUAAAUACUUAUAUUAAUGAUCCUAUGCUCCCUAAAUUCUUGUCUUACUUAUUUGUCCCUGAUGAGAUAAACGAAUCAAUAAAAGUUAUAUGCAAUUGCUCAAUUAAAGACAACGCUUUGGAUGAAACAUAUGUAGGUACUGUUUAUUUAAAUUUUAAGAAGAGCGAAAAAUUAUACCCAGUUAAUGAUGAAAACUAUGGAAGGAAAAAUAAUAAUGGGGAUCACGAUGAAGAAGGAAGGGGUAAACAAAAUUUGAUAAGAGAUGAUCGAAAGGGUGCAAAUAAAUCCUCCUCCAUGCUGAGGCAGUUAUCCCUUCUUUUGAUUCUUCUUAUGUUCGCACCAUGGUAA